AUGAAGACUUCCGUUGGACUCGUUUUCCUUGCCACGCUCAUUUCUCAAUCGUCGGUUGUGCUCGGUGUACCAGAGUGGGGCCAGUGUAAUGGAAUUGGCUAUACUGGAAGCAAAACCUGCGACUCCGGCUUGACCUGCGUCUACAUCAACGACUGGUACAGCCAGUGCCAGAAGGGUUCAGGCAGUCAACCAACGAGUACGAGCAGCCGCCCACCAACGUCUACAUCAACAAGCAAUGGUGGAACAGCUACCGGUGGACUCGCGGUACCUCGGCGCAUUGACCACUACGACCUUAACAAUUCGCGGCUGACGACUAUCGCCAAGGCUCAGUUCAACCAGCUCACUUGCGAGAACUCGAUGAAGUGGGAUGCUAUCGAGGGCUCCCAGAAUAGCUUCACCUUCAACAACGCCAAUCAGGUCGUCAACUUUGCAAAGAGCUACGGUGCAUUGAUGCGAGGCCAUACGUUCCUGUGGCACGCCCAGCUCCCUACAUGGGUUCAAAACAUCGGAAGCUCUAGCACCUUGACCAGCGUCAUCCAGAACCACGUAUCCAGGACGGGUGCCCAAUGGAGGGGCAGCAUCUAUGCUUGGGAUGUCGUCAAUGAAAUCCUCAAUGAGGAUGGCUCCAUGCGUAACUCUGUCUUCUCCAGAGUUCUUGGCGAGAGCUUUGUCAGCAUUGCUUUCAAUCAAGCGCGCCAGACAGAUCCAAGUGCCAAGUUGUACAUCAAUGACUACAACCUCGAUAACCCGAACUACGGCAAAGUUACUGGCAUGGUCAGCAAAGUCAAGAAAUGGAAGUCUGCUGGUGCACCCAUCGACGGUAUUGGCACCCAAACACAUCUUGGUGCUGGCGGUGCUGGCGGCGUCCAAGGCUCUCUCAACGCUCUCGCUGGUGCCGGUGUCGAGGUCGCUAUCACCGAGCUUGACAUCGGAGGAGCAGGAUCCAACGACUACGUGACCGUUGUCAGGGCUUGUCUCGCUGUGUCUGCUUGCGUUGGAAUUACAGUCUGGGGUGUCAGCGACGCCAUCUCCUGGCGAGCUAACGACAAUCCUCUGCUCUAUGAUAGAAACUAUCAACCCAAGGCUGCCUACAAUGCGGUCCUCCAAGCGUUGUCGUAG